AGGGAGGCGGGGCCAUAACGUAGGCAGGGCUGGCGGAUAUAGGGCGGAGGGACGGGGUGCGCCGGGAGCGUGGAGUGGAGCGGGAUGGAGCGAGUGGUGCUGGUGACCGGAGCCAGCGGCGGCGUGGGGCUGGCGCUGUGCAGGCGGCUGCUGGGGGAGGAUGGACGCAUCCACCUGUGUCUCGCCUGCCGUAAUACACAGAAAGCCGAGACCACCCGGGACCUGGUGCUGCAGGAGUUCCCCGCUGCGCAGGUCUCCACCGUGGAGGUGGAUCUGGGUAACCUGGCCUCCGUGCUGCGUGCUGCACAGGAGCUGCGCUGCAGGUUCCAACGCCUGGAUUUUGUCUACCUCAAUGCUGGCAUCAUGCCCAACCCGCACGUCAACUUCAAGGCUCUCUGGAAGGGGCUCCUGACCGGGAGGCUGCUCCAUAUGCUGACCACUGCAGAAGGCGUCAUGACGCAGACAGACAGACUGAACGGGGAUGGGCUGCAGGAGGUGUUUACCACCAACCUUUUCGGACACUUCAUCCUGAUUCGUCAGCUCGAGUCUCUGCUCUGUGGUAAUGAAAAGCCAUCGCGACUCAUCUGGACCUCUUCCAGCAAUGCAAGGGAAUCUGCCUUCAGCCUGGCUGACUAUCAGCAUGCCAAGGGGCAGGAAUCAUAUAGUUCCUCCAAAUAUGCCACUGACCUGACAAGUGUCGUUCUGAACAGGAAAUUUAAUAAGCAGGGUCUGUAUUCCAGCGUUGUUUGUCCUGGCCUCGUUAUGUCCAACAUGACCUUCAGAAUUCUGCCCGUUUUUCUGUGGGUGCUGCUGAUGCCCAUCAUGUUUUUGAUACGUUUCUUUGCCAAGACUUACACUCUGACACCGUAUAAUGGAGCAGAAGCUCAUGUGUGGCUGUUCAAGCAGAAGCCAGAAUACCUGGAUCCACUUGUGAAGUAUCACAGCUGUACCUCUGGACUCGGGAAGAACUAUGUGGAGCCUAGAAAGCUUGAUGUGGAUGAAGAAACUGCUGAGAAAUUUUUCCAGAAGCUGUUGGAACUGGAGGAAAAAACUCUAGAGAAAUACAAUGACCUCCUAGAUUAAAUAAAACUCCUCCUCAGUGAGUUAAGGCUUCUAUCAGUAACACGGGCUUCCUUCAUUCUGGUGCUGCUUGGGGGUGCCUGCUGUUCUGUGGGCAUGUGGUUUCAGCACUGAUCUUCCUUCUCUACAGAAGGUGAACAGUUCCUGAAAGUGGAAAUGUGAGAACUGAAGAAAAACAUUUAGUCUUUGUGGUAUGGGAUUUUUCUGGCAUAAAACUGAAGACCUGGUAUAGUUACAACUGUCCUAACACAGGUGUGAGGUGUUGUCUUCUUAAAACAUGACUGAACUGUGUACAGUUCAAGAGGAGCCUCAGAACAUGGUUUGAAUGUGGCUUGGUGCAGGGAAGGCAACAGCCUGGGGAGCUGCUUGUUUAUUGUGGCUCCACCAGUCCUUAGAGAUGGUUUGAACUCGUGACCUGUGGCUAAUCCUGAUAUACUUGAAGGGCCCAUCUCCAGCUGAGCUACUUCUGUUUGCACCCCAGAGCUUGGGCCAGCGUUCCACUGAGCCAGUAAGAUUGAACCUUGCUGAAGGUCAGGCUGCGUAUGGCCCUGAAGCAAAACUCCUGAAGAAGCAGGAUUGUCCCUGGAAUGGGACAGUCGACCCUUGUCUAUGCUGUGAGGAGGGAGAGCUGGAAAACAUGAGCCAUCCCUUGGAUUUGGGGCCCUAUGUUCUAGCCAUGACUGAUUGGGAAGGCUGAAGCUGUUGAAGUUAUCUGGGUUUCAGGGCCUGACUGCUGUACUUGUUGCAAGAAUGAGGUUACCUUGUUAUUUGUAUCUAUUUAACUGUCUUUUUAUAUUUAAUAAGUAUUCUUCUUGUUCUCUAUCUCACGAGUACCUGGUGUACUUCCAAUGCUGCAACAAAUAAAGAUAUUAGCACUCA